AUGACACCAGACACAUCCCGAGUUUCUUUGUCGGCGUGCGCUGCGGGAAAGGUGCUGGAGAGGAACGGUGGCGGGAAUGGUGGCGGGAAUGUUGGUGGGAACGGUGGCGGGAAUGGUGGCGGGAAUGUUGGUGGGAACGGUGGCGGGAAUGGUGGCGGGAAUGUUGGUGGGAACGGUGGCGGGAAUGUUGGUGGGACGGUGGCGGGAAUGGUGGCGGGAACGGUGGCGGGAAUGGUGGCGGGAAUGUUGGUGGGAACGAUGGCGGGAAUGUUGGUGGGAACGGUGGCGGGAAUGGUGGCGGGAAUGUUGGUGGGAACGGUGGCGGGAAUGGUGGCGGGAAUGUUGGUGGGAACGGUGGCGGGAAUGGUGGCGGGAAUGUUGGUGGGAACGGUGGCGGGAAUGGUGGCGGGAACGGUGGCGGGAAUGGUGGCGGGAAUGUGGUGGGAACGAUGGCGGGAAUGUUGGUGGAACGGUGGCGGGAAUGGUGGCGGGAAUGUUGGUGGGAACGGUGGCGGGAAUGGUGGCGGGAACGGUGGCGGGAAUGGUGGCGGGAACGGUGGCGGGAAUGGUGGCGGGAACGGUGGCGGGAAUGGUGGCGGGAACGGUGGCGGGAAUGGUGGCGGGAAUGGUGGCGGGAACGGUGGCGGGAAUGGGCGGAACUGGCGGGAAUGGUGGCGGGAAUGUUGGUGGGAACGGUGGCGGGAAUGUGGGGGAAUGUUGGUGGGAAUGGUGGCGGGAAUGGUGGCGGAAUGUUGGUGGGAAUGGUGGCGGGAAUGGUGGCGGGAGUGUGUGGUGGGAACGAUGGCGGGAAUGUUGGUGGGAACGGUGGCGGGAAUGGUGGCGGAAAGUUGGAGGGAAUGGUGGCGGGAAUGGUGGCGGAAUGUUGGUGGGAAAAGGUGGCGGGAAUGGUGGCGGGAACGGUGGCGGAAUGGUGGCGGGAACGGUGGCGGGAAUGGUGGGGGAACGGUGGCGGGAAUGGGUGGCGGGAACGGUGGCGGGAAUGGUGCGGGAACGGUGGCGGGAAUGGGUGCGGGAACGGUGGCGGAAUGGUGGUCGGGAAGGUGGCGGAAUGGUGGCGGAACGUGGCGGGGAAAGGAAGACAGUUUGCUGCAGGUCACCAAUUCUGGUCUCAGUGCCAAUGUCCUGCAUUCCCUUCUGUAG